AUGGAGUUUUCGGAGCUGAGAGGUCAUGUAGAGAGAGAGAGAGAGAGAGAGAGAGAGAGAGAGAGGAAGAAAGAGAGAGCGAGAGAGCAAGAGAGAGUGAGAGACAGGCAGGAGUGCUUGGGUCCCUGGCCUGGGCUUCUGUUGAUUUUCUUCUUCUGCAGAGUUAGCCUUGGGUGCGGUGGUAUUAUCAUAAAUGGGAGGAUUUUAUGUGUUGUUUUGUAUUGUUCAAAAGUCACCUAG